AUGUCCGCGACCACCGUCCGACGCCUCGCCGUCGCUUCCACGGUACGAACAUACGCCGUAGACGCCGUCGAUGAUCUCAGAGCCGCGCUGCGCCACUGCGUCGAGGUGGUUCGAGCGAGAGAUUACGAAACCUAUCUCUGCACUUUGGCUCUCCCUCGCGCGCUCGCCCCGGCCGCGUUCGCCAUCAGAGCGCUGAAUUGCGAGACAGGGUCCAUUGUGGGAUCGGCAUCUUCGAGCGACGCGGCGGUGGCGCGGCUGAUGUGGUGGAGCGACGCGUUGGUGGGCGACGACGAAGGACCGGGCGGGACGCCGGCGCAUCCAGUCGCGCGGGCGGUCGCGGCGACGCUCGGGCCGGAGCCGAGCGCGCGGGCGCGGACGUGGUUAAAGAGGAUGGUUGAGGCGAGGAUUCGAGACGCGAGGGAGGAUGGGCCACCGAGGGAGAUUAUUGAUUUGGAACGGUACGCGAGCGACGCACACGGGAGCGCGAUGACGCUCGCGUUGGACGCGUGCGGGAUCAGGAACACGGACGCGGAUCACGCGGCCAGUCAUCUCGGGAAGGCGAUUGGAUUGAGUGCAUUACUGCGCGGGACGACGGCGCACUCGCGUCAGAGGCGAUGUUACCUUCCGAUUGACGUCUGCGCGCGCCACGGCGUGAGCACGGAGAGCGUCUAUCGCAUGGAACCGAGCGAGGGCGUGCGAAGCGCGGCGCACGAGGUGGCGUGCGCGGCGAAGGCGCACUUAGACAGCGCUCGCGCGAUGACGGAACGAGUUCCGAAGGAGGCCAAGCCGUUCUUCUUACAAGCGGUGACGGUUGGACGGUACCUAGACGCGCUCGAGGCGCGAGACUUUGACGUCUUCGACGAAACCGUCGCCAAGGGCGGCGCGCCGCUCGCGACUCAGGGCGCGAUCGCGUGGCAUGCGUUUCGAGGGACGUAUUAG